AAUCGAGUCCUAAUAAUAGUCAGGCCCAUUAAUUAGUGAACACUAACCUGCUCCAGGCAGAAGAACAGGUUAACUGCCUGAUAGACCUGGCAGCAAUUGCAUUGGAGGGGGUCCAGUGACCGCACCUUCCCAAAGCGGGGAUCAUCAACAGUCCGCACCCCAAACAACCCAUCAACAAUCAAUUAUUAGACAGUACUCACUCUCCCGCUUCAACCACUGUCAUUAUGGAUACUUUUUCUCGCUCGACCUCGCGCCCGCGCCCUUCCUCUCGGCCUACGACCCCCUUGCGCCCCAGCUCACGUUCCUCUUUUCGCGAAGUUCAUGGGUAUGGAAGCAGUAUCGGCACUGCAGGCUACACUCAACCCGCCAUCAAUGCGUUGGAACCACAAUUCGCGGAGCUGGCAGACUCGAUGGCGGAUCUGGAAGCCAACUUCAUGCACCUGCAGUUAAUGCAUGAAAGCUUGACGCGGUUUAGUGAAAGCUUCGCCAGCUUCUUGUACGGCAUGAACAUGAAUGCUUUUUGCGUAGACUUUCCCGAGGCACCAAUACCAGAAUCAUUCCGGAGGGCUAAGCAAGCGGAGUCACAAAGCGCAGCUGAAGCGGCGGCAGUGCAAGCGGCCAAUGAAGCAGAAAUGACUUUCAUGACUACGGAUACCUCAUUUGUCGAAAACCCACCGAGCAUCAUCUCCUCGAAACCCCCCCCGAGAAUCCCGGCUCCUUCGCGGGGAUCUACAAGAGGAACCACGAGGGGGUCAACCAGAGGGACAACUAGGGGAACGCGCGGUUCGACCGCGGGGCGCUAUGCAACAAGAGGCUCUAGUCGAGGAUCUCGUCCAAGCGCAUUGCCCCGGGGAAGAGGUAUUCGGUGAAUGGACGCGGUCGAGUUGGUUGCUCAACAUAGGGCGAUAAAGCUUGUAGCAAAGACCAGGUUCUUGAAGCAUUGCGCCCUGGAAUUCCGGCCCAUGAAAGAGCCUUGCGCUCGUUCACGCGACUGGCGGGACCGGCCAGGAUAAGAUUUCCUAGCCAUAUAUCAACCCACCUAACGGGAAAUGAUGGAGCCGAGCUUGCGAAGCGACUUUUAUCAUGUCUCGCUUGCUAACUUAUGCUGGCCGGCAAGGGAAUCCUAUCUGAGAAAUAUUACCUCCGAAGGACUAUACUGUGUACAAAGCGGGUGUUGCUGAUUUAGUCUUGAGGUAGUUCUGCAAUGCUCAAUGGCGUGAUGCAUGAUGAUCUCUUCAAGUGAAUGCAGAGAAAGCCAGCGUGAAGAGGCGCAACCAUUUUUUGCACUCUGAUG